GUCCAUCAGCUGAGGAGCAGCAGAGGAACAGAGCAGAGCGACGUCAACACCAGAGGAAAACAGCUGCGUAAAGACGCACGAAGAGGAGCAUUGUUGACUGUAAUAUCAAAGAGGAAGAACAAUGAGAGGUGAAUGCAAUUAGACAUUAUUUGGGAUCAAGUUGGGACACCAACCAGGAGGAGACACACACGUCUGGAGAAGUCACUCCUUGGUGGACCCACGUGCUGCUGAUCUGCUGUUGCUGCCUCAAGAUGGCAGGAGAUGAUCAUAGAUAACUGGGGGAGGGAAAAGUUGAAGUCUUCAGUCUCACCAUCAAGGUCGAAAAACUCUCCAAUUGUGACUGUUCAGAAAACAGUUUCACUGAUUAAUCAAUAAACCACAAAAAAACACGAACAAUGGCGUCCUACAGCCCCGCCCCGACACAAGAGGCGAACAAUGGCGGCCCCCCGUCUUCGAAGCCUGAAAGCUCAGAGGAGUCCAUGAAGCUGAAGAAGGAGAUCUCCCUCCUGAACGGGGUCUGCCUGAUCGUGGGGAACAUGAUCGGCUCGGGGAUUUUCGUCUCGCCCAAGGGUGUCCUCAUCCACAGCGCCUCCUACGGCCUCUCCCUGUUGGUGUGGACCAUCGGAGGGAUCUUCUCCGUGUUCGGGGCCCUGUGCUACGCCGAGCUGGGGACCACCAUCACCAAGUCGGGGGCCUCCUACGCCUACAUCCUGGAGGCCUUCGGGGGCUUCAUGGCGUUCAUCCGCCUGUGGACGUCGCUGCUGAUCAUAGAGCCGACCAGCCAGGCCGUCAUAGCCAUCACCUUCUCCAACUACAUGGUGCAACCCAUCUUCCCCACCUGUAUCGCUCCGUACUUGGCCAACAGGAUGCUGGCUGCCGCUUGUAUAUGUUUGCUGACCUUUGUGAACUGUGCCUAUGUGAAGUAUGGCACCCGGGUCCAGGACUUCUUCACCUACGCCAAAGUCAUCGCUCUCAUCGCCGUCAUCAUCACCGGCCUGGUGAAGAUCGGACAAGGUCAAACACAGAACUUCGAGGGCAUGUUUGAAGGCUCGUCUCAGGAUCCGGGACACAUUGCUCUGGCUCUGUACUCAGCUCUGUUCUCCUACUCGGGAUGGGACACCCUUAACUUUGUCACAGAGGAGAUCAAAGACCCAGAGAGGAAUCUGCCCCUGGCCAUCGCUAUCUCCAUGCCCAUCGUCACCGUGAUCUACAUUCUCACCAACGUGGCUUACUACACCGUCCUCCCCAUGAAUGCAAUCUUAGACAGUGACGCUGUGGCUGUGACGUUUGCAGACCAGGUGUUUGGUGUCAUGAACUGGACUAUUCCCUUAGCUGUGGCUCUUUCCUGCUUCGGAGGACUCAACGCCUCCAUCCUGGCUUCCUCCAGGUUGUUCUUCGUGGGCUCCAGAGAGGGCCACCUGCCCGACUCCCUGUGCAUGAUCCACGUCCACCGCUACACUCCCGUCCCCGCCCUGCUCUUCAACGGCAUCAUGGCUCUGAUAUACCUGUGCGUAGAAGACGUCUUCAGGCUCAUCAACUACUACAGCUUCAGCUACUGGUUCUUUGUCGGUCUGUCCAUUUUGGGGCAACUGUAUCUGCGCUGGAAGCAGCCGGACAGAAAGAGGCCACUAAAGCUCAGUCUCUUCUUCCCCAUCGUUUUCUGUCUGCUCACGGUCUUCCUGGUGGUGGUGCCGCUCUACAGUGACACCGUAAACUCCCUGAUCGGCAUCGGCAUCGCCCUGUCAGGAGUGCCCGUUUACUUCCUCUGCUGCUACAUGCCAGCCAGCAAGAGGCCAAUGCGGCUACGGAGUCUCAUUGCUAAAUGCGGCGUGCUGAUUCAGAAGGUGUGCUACUCUGUCGUGACUGAAAUGGACAAGGAAGAGUAGAUGUUUGGUUUUAUCAACACGCUGCCGGAGACUGACGAAGCACAAAUGUAGAACCUGAACUCAUCGUGGCCAGCCGCUGCCGCCACAAGGCCUCGCUGGACGGAACAUUUGGGCUUGAGCUGGACCCAGCUCUCUGACCUGUCAAUCAUCACCCGGUGAUCUCGUUAAUGAAUAUGAAGGAUGGCGCCCGGGUGCUUGUUGGCAAGAUUUCACUCUAGAGACUUCAGAGAGAACAUUUUAAUGCACUCCUGAAGAAAUCAACACCUCUUUCUAUUACAGAACUGCAUUAGUAGAGAAUUAUUUAAUUCAUAUUUUUAAUUUUACUGGAAGGUGGCAAAUUAUUAUAGUUAAAAAGUGGACAGGAGAACUGACAGUAGAAACAGCCUUGGUAUUAUUAUUAUUAUUAGUAGUAGUAUUUUUAUUAUUAUUAUUAAUAGUAUUCGCACAAAGAAAAUCAAAGAGGUUAGAAUAUAAUAAACUUUAUUAUAUAAUAUGCUCCCGUGUUCUCUAAUGGAGGGAAAAAGUUCAUAAAACGUUUUAUACUGUCAGACGCGAGGUCUAGUAAAGGGCUAUUUUUACACAAAUUAACUCUUUUUUACUGCAGCGUCUGACUCAAACGGGCUGUGAAAUGUAAAAAGUUUGGGACAGCUGAGCUGCAAAACACGUAUUUAUAAUAAAAUUACUUGUUGACAACAUAAA